UGCUGAGGGUGCUUGCUAGCUUGCUCGUGAGGAGGGAGGGAGGGCACCUCCAAGCCUGUAGCCGCCUCGCGUCACAUCCGUGGCAACCGUAGCACAAAUGACAGCAGCAAGCUCGAGUAAUGCGCACGCUCGUCGACACACUCGCACUCACCCUCACCCUCACGCUCCCGCUGCCGCUCCCGCUCCCGCUCCCGCUCCCGCUCGCCCUCGCCACCAGCAGUGCUCCAGAUGCUAGUCGCACUCCUCGGGCCUCGCAGUGCAAUGGGACAGCGGCUGGACGGCUACUGCAGCCUCCUGUCCCGGGCCCGCAUCCCCUUCUGUACCCGCCGCUGCCUCUCCGCCGCGUCCGCAAAUCACGGAGCCAAUGGCGGCGAGCCCGGCGAUCGCACCUCUUUUCUUAGAAGGAGUGAUAAUAAGCAGGGCAAGCUGCGAGUAGGCCCGGCGGGCGGGGGCGGGGUUGUUCCGUGGCCGGUGCUGUUCCUGGGGCUGGCGACGUCGCUCGCCGUUAUCGCGCUCUUGCACAACCGUUUAGCGCCCAUGCCGCCGCACUGCAUGGACGAGCUCCUAGCACCCCUGCCGCGCCACCACGGCUCGCGACUGGCCUACAGCCGUGCCAGUGGUAGCGGUAGUUCUAGCAGUAGUACCAAUAAGAGGGGCUCUUACUCCGCGUCUGAAGCCGAGUCGCCGCUCGCCGUCAGGUGUCGAGCCAUCCUGUGUCGGUCGCUGCAGGAGUGGGCGUUACAGGGCAGGCGGAGAGAAGCCGCCGCCAUGCAAAGCCUCCCGCUCCACGAGUCGGGCAGCGUCGCGGCGGCGGCGGCGGCGGCGGGGUCCCUCGGCGCGGCGCAAGGGCCGCCGAACGGCGCGGGGCGGCGAAUGCGGAUGCGCGUGCAGCACGACCCCGCGCUGCUGUGCUCGGAUCCGUGGCAGCGCGCCGUGGGGGGAAGCGUGAACGGCAGUCGGUGGCUGGAGAGCGCGCAGCAGCACGGAUACACGAGCGCGCAAGCGAUCUCGCGCGGUCUGGAGUCCGCGUGCCGGCGCCUGCAGCGCGUGCAGGCCAGCCUCCUCGCUCGCGGCAGCGCGUGCAGCCACUGGCCCGAGCCAUGCUGGCCCGUGCCCGGCGUGCCUUUCUCCCGCAGCGCGUUGCGGUGGCUGGAUCCGCGCGUGCCCGCGCGGUACCUGGUGUUCGCGAUGGCGGAGGAGCAGCUCAGCAACGCGCGCUCGCACCUCGUCGAGGCCGCGCGGGCUGCGCGCAUCGCCAACCGCAUCCUCGUGCUGCCGCUGGGGAGCCACAGCAACAUCGCCCUCUCGCACUCGCUGCCGCUCUGCGCCUACUGGGACCUCUCCCCCUUCAACGAGGCUCCCUGGAUCUCCCCAGAGCUCUUUCUGCUCGUGGCCCGCACGACUCUAAAGGAGCCCUCUGUGGGUUUCACCUGGGUCACCUCGCCCUACCUCAACCGCAACCCCUUUGACUGGGACAUGGUGUCAGAGUUCACGGGCGAGCUGCUGACAUACUCCUUGGGCCACGUGCCUACUGAGCACAACACCGAGGUGUUCAACCUGCCCGCCAAUGCCAGCGACGUCCAGAACCUCAUUCGCAAACAGGCUGACAAGGACGUGGUGCUGUGGUUCAAGACCACGUGGGAGCGGGUGCAAUUCUUGCCGCCCACGGAUGACAUAUCGCUGCAGCAGCUGCCCUACAAGCACGAGUGGCACUACCUUGCCCAGCGCAUUGUGGCCCAUCUGCCCAAGCCCUUCCUCGCCGUGCACUUCCGCUCCGAGUUCAUUGCCUUCCGCGUGAUGGAAGAGAACCAGCCGACAGCGAGUGGGCGCAGAGACGCAGCAAAGCUGCAGGGUCAGAUGCAGUGGUGCACGGGGGAUGCCAUAGAGCGCAUCAACCAGGUGAAGAGCGAGCACAACAUCUCGGCCGUCUUCAUCGCAGCCGACGUGCCGUAUAACGCGUCCAGCGCGCCCUCGCGCUCCAACUCCUGGUCGUACCUGGAGUGGAUAUUUAACACGUCCGUCACAAGCAUGGCGGUGCAGCAGCUGCACUGGCUGCGCUCGCGUGUCAGCGGCACGGUCAUGAUCGAUGAGCUCAUCCCGUCUCUAAACUCCUAUGACCCCGGGGUGGUGGCGAUUGUGGAUAAGCUAGUGUGUGCUCGAGCAGACGUGCUGCUGGCAGGGUUAUCACCAUGUGGGGGCAAGCGGGGGUACGAGGCAGACAUUCGCUGGCACAGGGAAUUGCUUGGCAAGCCGGUUGUGCAGAGAUGGGGGAAGAACUUUCCAGCUCCCCCGCCCCCACCACCACCACCCUCACCAACGAUGCGGUCAACCAGGCCUCUAGAUUGGUUUUUAGGAGCCCUGAUCGCUCAGGAUUCCCCUUGAGUUUUUUCUCUGAUUUUUCAGGGUUGGUCCCAAAAAAUUCCUCGUGAAUUCGAACACCCUGUUUUUUUUUUUUUUUUUUUUUCCUGAGCAGACAGAGUAAACUUAUGGAGUCUAUCCUGAUUUCUUCGAGGUUCUUAGUAUCAGAGAGAAUACUUGAACUAGAAUGUGUGACUACAAGGGUAUAUAGACUAGGGUGUUGUACCCUCUAAGGCACAAUCCAGUAUA